AUGUCCGAGACCCCGGAGGACUUCAUCCAAGCAGAUGAAUCGAACCCUUAUGAUUCAGAAGAUGAGCUGCAGGGUGCCGAUGUUGGAACCGUCCAGUCAUCUCUGACAUCAAUAAGCGAGAGCCUAAUGAAAGGUGUGGUCGGCGAGGGCCAGCGAACUUAUGCGGCCUAUGGAAAAGAGGAAUAUGGAUUCCCCAUGGACGACAAGGAACUAGACAGGAUCGAUCUCUGUCACGUCAAAUACUCGGCAUUGCUGGAUAAGCAUCUCUUCUUUGCUCCCAUCGAGGAUCCCCAGCGAAUAUUAGAUUUGGGCUGUGGCACUGGAAUCUGGUGUAUCGACAUGGCGGAGGAAUACCCCGGUGCGCAGAUCCUCGGCGUCGACAUUGCGCCCACACAACCAGAAUGGGUUCCCCCUAACUGCCAGUUCGAAUUGGACGAUAUCGAGCAAGAGUGGACGUGGAAGAAAAACGCCGCCGAUUUCAUUUUUUGCCGAGACCCCAUCUUCUCAAUCCGAGACUUUCCCAAGCUUAUCGACCAAUGUUAUAAACAUCUCAAACCAGGUGGUUGGGUCGAGUUCCAGUGCGUCACCGGCGUCCUGAAAUGCGACGACGGAAGCAUCCCCAAAGAUUCUCAUUUGCAAGUCAUGGCCAACAACGUCCAAAUCGCCAGCGAAAAAUUCGGCACCCCCAUCGACGACCCGAGCCGCUGGAGGGGAUGGUUCGAGGCUCGCGGCCUCGAGAACGUUGUCGAGAAAGUCUUCAAGAUGCCGUGCAGCCCCUGGCCCCGCGAUGAGCGUCUGAAGCUUGUCGGUGCUUGGGAGCAGUAUAACUUGUUGAACAAUCUCGAGGGUAUGACGAUGAGGCUGUUCCAAAAGACCAUGGGGUGGACGGAGGAAGAGAUUCUUGUUUUCUCUGCGUUGUUGAGGAAGGAUCUGAAGAAUUUGAGCUUUCACGGCUACUGGCCAUAUUAUGUUGUCUAUGGUAGGAAGCCAUUGGAUGCAGAAGAAGCCGCCGAUGCGCAAGAGCUGGGCACUUCCCCGACAACGGCGCAGCCUGUCGGAGAGACAACCUGA